AUUUCUGAUCUGAUGAUGGAACAAAGGGAUCUCAAGCUUCAAAUGCGAGGAUGUCUGCUUGGAUGCGUUGUCGCUGUCCUGUUUUGGAGUGUGGCCACGGCUCAAAGGUACUCGAUAGCAGAGGAAGUGAACAAAGGGACUGUGGUUGGAAAUGUAGCAAAAGAUCUGGGACUGGACAGAAGUACUCUCAGAAACAGAAAGUAUCGCGUCGUUUCCAGUGAUGCAGAUCCUUAUUUCCGUGUAAAUCCCAACGACGGCAUUCUGUACGUGAACCGAACACUUGACCGAGAGGUCCUGUGCACGCAAAGCUCUUCUUGUGUGAUCAAUUUGAAAACCGUUUUAGAAAAUCCACUGGAGGUACAUUAUGUUGAAGUAGAAGUCCUAGAUAUAAACGACCAUUCACCCACAUUUCCAGAAGAAGACAACACGCUGGAGAUUUCAGAAUCAGUAUUGCCUGGAGCGCGAUUUCAGCUGAAACCUGCACAGGAUCUUGACAGUGGUCAGUUUUCCGUGCAGCAGUAUAAACUGAGCCAAAACGAUCAUUUUCGUUUGGAAGUUAGAGAAAAACGGGGUGAUGGCAAAAUACCAGUGCUGGUCAUUCAAAAAGCUCUAGACAGGGAAACUGCAGGCAGCCAUUCGCUGACACUGACUGCACUCGAUGGGGGUAAACCUCAGAAAGCUGGUAACACAAGAAUUCAAGUUAAAGUUUUGGACAUAAACGACAAUGCACCAACUUUUUCAAAAGAUGUUUAUUCUGUGACCCUCACUGAAAAUGCCCCGAUUGGCACGACAGUCAUACAAGUCAAUGCAACAGAUUUAGAUGAGGGUCCAAACGGACAAGUGGUAUAUUCUUUCGGUAAGAGUAUAAACAAGGAUAUAUUGAACAUAUUUCAAAUCAGUCCUUCAACAGGCCUAAUAAUGGUUAAAAAUCUGUUAGACUAUGAAAAGACUGAUGAAUAUGAGAUUGAGAUUCAGGCAUCAGAUAGAGGGCUUGCUCCUCUUACAACUGAAAAGAGUGUGAUAAUUAAGAUAGUGGACAUCAAUGAUAAUGCACCUGAAAUUAAGGUUACCUCCUUUUCAAGCUCGAUCCCAGAAGAUUCCAAACCUGGGACGACAGUUGCUUUGACAAAUGUCAAUGACUUAGACUCUGGGCUUAAUGGGGAAGUCAUUUGUAAUUUCAAUACAGAUGUCCCAUUUACUUUAUUGCCAUCCUUGAAAGAUAAAAUGUUUUCAUUAGUGACCAAAUCGCCCCUGGACAGGGAGAGAGAAUCACAAUAUGACCUAACAAUAAUAGCAAAAGACAGUGGAACACCUCAGUUAUCAACUGAAAAAACAAUUAAUGUAGUGGUGUCAGAUGUGAAUGACAACAAACCAGAGUUUUCAUUAAGUCCAUAUACCUUUUAUGUCAAUGAGGGAAACAAUCCAGGAGCACCUGUGUUUUCAGUAACAGCAUCUGAUCGUGAUGAGAAUGACAAUGCACGAAUAUCGUAUCAUGUGAAUAGAGACAGUGGUGACGAUAAUAAAUUAAUAUCAUUCCUUAACAUGAACUCUGAAACUGGAACUAUUGUGGCACUAAAAAGUUUUGACUUUGAAACUGUGAAAACUUUCCAGUUCCAAGUUGUAGCCACAGAUUCUGGAACUCCGUCACUCAGCAACAAUGUGACAGUCAACGUGUUCAUUCUGGAUCAGAACGACAACGCUCCAGUCAUCCUGUAUCCACUCAGCUCCAACGGCUCUGCUGAAGGUGUGGAGGACAUUCCCCGCAAUGUUAACGCAGGACACCUGGUGACUAAAGUCAGAGCCUAUGACGCUGAUAUAGGAUAUAACGGCUGGCUGUUGUUCUCACUGCAGGAAGUCACUGACCACAGUCUCUUUGGGUUGGAUCGCUACACAGGACAGAUCAGGACACUUCGUUCAUUCACAGAGACAGACGAGGCUGAACAUAAACUGGUCAUCCUGGUCAAAGACAAUGGGAAUGUUUCACUGUCAGCAACAGCCACUGUGAUUGUCAAACUUGUGGAGCCCAAAGAAGCCUUUGCAGCUUCUGAUGUGAAAAGUGGAGUACGGGAAGAUGAAGAUAACAAUGUGACAUUUUACCUGAUGAUAACUCUGGGAUCAGUUUCUGUACUUUUCCUGAUCAGCAUUAUUGUGCUGAUUGCAAUGCAAUGCUCCAAAUCUACAGACUAUACAUCAAAAUAUUUACAAGAGACUAAUUAUGAUGGGACACUGUGCCACAGCAUUCAGUACAGAUCUGGAGAUAAGCGGUACAUGUUGGUUGGACCGAGAAUGAGUAUUGGAUCUACUAUAGUCCCUGGAAGUCAUGCCAACACACUUGUGCUCCCUGACAGGCGACGGAUAUCUGAGGAGUUCCAAGUUGUGGCCACAGAUUCUGGAACUCCGCCACUCAGCAACAACGUGACAGUCAACGUGUUCAUUCUGGAUCAGAACGACAACGCUCCAGUCAUCCUGUAUCCACUCAGCUCCAACGGCUCUGCUGAAGGUGUGGAGGAGAUUCCCCGCAAUGUCAACGCAGGACACCUGGUGACUAAAGUCAGAGCCUAUGACGCCGACAUAGGAUAUAACGGCUGGCUGUUGUUCUCACUGCAGGAAGUUACUGACCACAGUCUCUUUGGGUUGGACCGCUACACAGGACAGAUCAGGACACUUCGUUCAUUCACAGAGACAGACGAGGCUGAACAUAAACUGGUCAUCCUGGUCAAAGACAAUGGAAAUGUCUCACUGUCAGCAACAGCGACUGUGAUUGUCAAACUUGUGGAGCCUAAAGAAGCUUUUGCAGCUUCAGAUGUGAAAAGUGCAGAAUAA